GGCUCCGGGAUGGCACCGCGCCAUGGGCUGCAGCGGGUCGGGCGGGCGAGGAAAGCGCCGGCGGAAUAAUCCCUCGGCGAGGUGAUGAUCAGAUCAAGGCAGGGAGGGUGGCAGCUGAUUGAUGCUGGCAAAGCACUGUCAGGAUUUCAUGAACUGGAGCAUCAAGCGCCAAGAGCUGCUCUUUGGCAUCAUCUGGAUAACCCACAGUGCCUUCUGGGAAUGGAUUUGCAAAUGGCAACCCCCAAAAAAGCAGCACUGUGUCCUCCCCAGGAGGGAAAGAGGAUGCCAUGGUGAGUUCUGUGGCUCAGCUCCAUCCUGUGGAUACAGCUUUUCCCGUAAGAAACAUCAGAUUUGGGUCCAAACACCCCGGGGAACAUGAGAGAGAGGAGGGUGUUUGAUGCACACGGCCAGCAGGAAGAGAUGGGAGGUGAUGGAAGCAGAGAGUAAAAAUAGGAUGGAUGAAAGAGGGCACGGAAGACAAGGAGGAGGAGAGCCACCAAAACCCAUCCAAAACCAAGAGCAAAAUUGUUCGCUUCCGUAGGUUAGUCACAAUGAAAACAUUUGGAUUUCAUCACUUCUUCCAGCUCAAGAAAAAUACCAGGGUCGGGCAGCAAGGUCACUGGGCAGGUCACCAAAUCCAUGUGCUGAUGGACUACACCUUGAGGCUUGUUCUACGGAAACCAAUUCACCUUUCUCAUCCAUUUUAGGCAUGGCGAAGGGUGGGUGUGAAGGGAAAGCAUCCUCCUUGUCAGCUUGCUCACCUUCCUGCCAUCCUCCCUAUGGACAUCGCUAGGAAUGACUGACCACGGCUCACUGAGCUCAGCAGCACCAGGCUACCAAAAACCAACCACUCUGGUGGGACACUGACCAUUGAGAACAUGUUUUUCUCGAUACUUAGAGGCACAACACACUUGAAGAAGGGUCUGAGUGCUGCAGCACCUCUGAAUCCAGAAACAGAGAAUUAUUGUACAAAGAAACACCCAAAGAAGUUGUAAAGAUGUCUGCGAACAGCUGUGUGCACCCCAUUGGGUACAGCCUUCUUGCUCUGUGGUUUUGCCACGGUCAUACCCAACGUAUAUAUUCAACCACCCCUUGCAGAGGGGCUCACAGGUGUCCUACGACCCCCUCGCUGCUUUCUGCGGUGAAUAUUUCAGCAAACAGUGCUGUUUUUAGUGAGCAGGGGGAGAGCAGGGAGCCACACACUGUCUGCUGUGGACUUUGGGGAAGAACAGAAGCCAUUCCAGGGCUGAGCUCAUCUCUAACCCCGGGAAAUGACUUCAUGGACACUGGUAUUUACUCACAAAAACACUGCAUGUCAGAUGUCCCUGACUAGACUUUCUGUUUCAAGUCCAGUAUGAGACAAGAAUUUCCUUGGACGAGCUGCUCCAGAGACAAUUCAGGGCUUGGAGGAGGAAAAGAAGAACCAGAAGAAAAAUGUCUGCAUUUGAGAGUCUGAAGGGUGAGGCUUUCUGAGCAAACAGGGAUCCAGAGAUGCCAAAAGCACCUGCACAAGGGCAGGGAAUGAGGGUCUGCAAGACCUCAGUUUAUACGGGAUGUGCAAUGCAAAACGUGCUCCAGCUGCGCUUCUGCUGCAGGUGAUCCCGUGCUCCUUGUGGUCCCAGGACAGCGUCCCAGCCCAGUGGGGGCUGUAUGGGAACAGCCCAGCAGUGCUGCUUCCCAGUCCUGCUGCCCAACAAUGUGAUGGUUAAACCAGCGCUUUGCAGGCAGCUGACCUUUAGGGAGAGGAGCAGCAACAACAACAGAAAGAAAACACAGGAGAUUUAUUUUGGAAAAAUAAAAAAAAUGGGGAAAAAUAGUCAUUUUAACAAGGGACCACACCCUUAAAAUGUCUUACUAGUAAUGCAUGCCCAGGACAUGGCUGCAUGAUGGCAUGCUGCAAAAAUCCUCUCUGAACAGGGAUCAAAACCUUUGUUGUGGCAUGAGUGAGGCGGAUGGUUCCCAGGAAAAAUCCUGUCCUUCUCUUGCAUCAUGCAUUUGGGGUCGGGAGGACAUUUCCAGAAAAGGGGCAGCUGGCCAGGAGGGAGGACAAACAGGGAAUGCAUUCCUGACCCACUAUUUAAUUGCCUUAGUGCAGGUGCAAAGAGCUAAGUGAAAGGAAAAAUCAAGAUGUGGGGCUGCAUUCCUCUCCGCUUUGUCCAGAGGAGAAGGCUGCUGCCAUGAGUGGGCUCGAACCCAGCUCCUGUGUGCUUUCAGUGCUUUUUUCUGCCCCAGGAGCAGUCUCUCCUCACGGAUAUCCAUGCCAGGUAAGGAGCCAGUGGGGACUGUUCCCUGCCGCUCUGCCUGCCAUGGCUUUGGGUCUUUGGGGACAAGCUCCCUCCGUCCCCAUGGGCUGGCAUUUUGGGGGUGGCUUUGCUUUUCUCUUUCCCUUUGGAUGCAGAAGUGACGCAGGGUGUAAAAUGCUGGAUGUAGUCCCAUAAAAGCUGUGCAUGUCCUGGAUCUCAGGGUUCUGCCACGUGCUGCUUUUACCCAAAACCCUGGGUGAGCCACCCGCUGCCAUGGUAGGCAGCAUGACUGAAACCACAGAGAGGGAAAACGAGCCCCAGCCUUAUGGUUUUUUAGCCCCCAUGAGUUCUUUGUCCACUCUGGGACUUUGUGUGAUCAUGGAGUCAUCAUAGAAUCAUUAAGGUCGGAAAAGACCUCUAAUAUCAUCUAGUCAGCCUACCACUAAAACGCUGAAAUAAACUCAAAAAAUAAUGAGAUGGGAAUUGGGAAAGCAGAGAUAAAUGAGUUUAUUUAUUAAAGCGGCAACAUGACCAAAAUUCCCCUCUGGGUUUAAUCCCUCCUUAUGGUAUUUCCAGGCCAGCACACACCUGGGCUCACCUCAGGGCUCACACGGACUUAGCCAGUGGCGGAGCAUCGCUGGGUGCGCACAUGGCCGUGUGGGCUGCGAGCUCCCGGUUGUCUGAGCAACAGGAAGCUCAUCACCAACCCCGGUGAUAAUUAACUCAUUUCCCUGUAUUUAUAGAAAACCGAUGCGGUGCGUGCUGGCACUGGUCCCUGAUGGGGGCCACGUUUGGUCACAAUACCACAGACAACAUCCUGAGCGCUGGCCACUUCUUGCCAUCCAUCAGCUCCGCUCCCACAGCCGGCUCAUUAGGACUAAAAGCGCAUCGCUCGUUAAGCCAGCAGGGCAGGGGUGCCCACCUCCAGGUUUGCUGCAGGCGUUUGCGUCGGCGUUGACUUCUCCAGAUGCCAGAGGCUGCAUACAUCUCUGCUAAUAGCAGUGAGCUGCCGGCUGUGCAGACGCACGGAUGCUCAGCACUGGAGCUGCCUGACUUGCUGCGGGGACGGGCAGCAUUUUUCUUCACUUCAGGGCAUGUGUGUGCCAGCUGCUUUAAUCAAAGCUGAACUGCCCCAUCACCCCACCACGGAGGGGGUCACCAACGCCUCGGCUGCUCACUGCCCGGAGAAUUGGGUCGAGCCCCGGUUCACGCAGGCAGCAAAGGUGCGUGUGGCCAUCACGGCCAUCUUCUUCUUGCUGGCGGCGUGCAGCAAUACAGCAGUGCUGGGCAGCCUGCUGAGGAAGAGGAGGAAGUGCCACGUGCGGCCACUGAUCCUCAGCCUGGUGCUGGCUGACCUGCUGGUGACGGUGGCAGUGAUGCCCUUGGAUGCAGCAUGGAAUGUGACUGUGCAGUGGUACGGCGGAGACCUUUCCUGCAAGCUCCUCAACUUCCUCAAGCUCUUUGCCAUGUACGCAGCUGCCCUGGUGCUGGUGGUCAUCAGCCUGGACCGGCAUGCUGCUGUCCUCCAGCCCUUUGCCCGUGCCCGACGCCGCAAUGGGCUGCUGCUGCGUGCUGCAUGGCUGGGCAGUGUGCUGCUAGCAUCACCCCAGCUAUUUCUUUUCCACCUGCACACGGUCCCAGGAGGGAACUUCACACAGUGCGUUACUCACGGCAGCUUCCGAGCACACUGGGAAGAAACUGUCUACAACAUGUUCACCUUCACCACCCUCUAUAUCACCCCCCUGAGCAUCAUGAUUGUUUGCUACGUCCGAAUCAUUUGGGAGAUCAGUAAGCAGCUAAAGAUCAACAAAAGUCUGAUAAGAAGUCAAAAUGACCACAUCUCCAAGGCACGCAUGAAGACUCUCAAGAUGACCAUUGUGAUUGUUGCCACCUUUAUCAUCUGCUGGACCCCAUACUACCUCCUGGGCUUGUGGUACUGGUUCCAGCCGGCCAUGAUCCAGAGGAUGCCUGAGUACAUCAACCACAGCUUCUUUCUCUUCGGCUUGCUGCACACAUGCACUGACCCCAUCAUUUACGGACUGUACACCCCCUCGUUUCGGGAGGACGUGCAACUGUGUCUCAGGGGAAUUGAAGCAGCCAUUACCAGGCAUGAGAGACACAAACCCAUCUUAGUCUCAGAGAAGACCACCAAAGAUGGGGCUGUCAAUGGCCAGGUGGCAUCGGGUGGCUCCAAUGGAACAACCAUUAACACGGUGUGCUGAAGAGAUGUACCCAAAAGGAGACUAGAAGUGCAGCAUCACAGGCUGCUUUGUCUGGGAGGAUGAUUUUGGAGACAAGUUCACCGACUGACUGUGGGGGGUGUGGGUCUAUAGCCACAAACCAUGAACAUUUCUCCUGCCUGUACUCAGAGUGAAUCCUCAGGUAGGAGCUACUUUCUCACCCAGCACAAGGAAGAUGCAGUAGAGGGGCUGGGCCUGAUUCAUUAGAGCCUGACAAGCCUAAGGUCUUGUCCAGUCUUCUCCUUGCUAUGGCAUCCAUAAAAGCAAUUUUGGGGUCAUUGCCUCACCCUUUUCCCCUCAGGCUGCCUCUGUAGGGAGGGAGGAGAUGCUUGGGGAUGGAGACGGACAAGAAUGAUACAAAGAGCUGCAGUGGGCUGAGAUAGGAUUGGAAGGGACACAGUGGUAUCUCUUCUCAUGCAGGGGUGGUGUGGAUAUGUCCUUAUGUAGCAACAAUCUGGGACACAGGGUUGACCAAGAGUAUCUGGGGUAACCACAGGGUGAGAACAAGACCUGCUGUGCUGCCUAGCCUCUCCCAACUGGCAAGUCUCAUACCAGGCACAGGCCUGCAACUGCCAUCUUGCAUAUGCUAACAGAACAAAACCCACCUUUCCUCCUCCCUGCUUUCCCCUUUAUCACUCGCUCAUGUUUGCUUUGCCCUAACACCCACACCUCACUUCUGACUCCACUCAGAGUGCAUGCAGCCAGGUGCAGCUGAUGGCCCUGUGCAUCCUGAGGAGGACUGUGAUGGGAAACACCUGUGGGGGGAGGGCUCAGCAGCUGCUGUGGGUGCCAGCUGGGUGCUGAUGGCCUUUAAAUGCACGGCACAGAGAAGAGAAGCUGCUAGAAGAGUCAGGGUGGAAGAAGGAAGGAGUUGGCUGAGCUCUGGAAAUUUCCCUAUGCAAAGGAGCCUUCAAACUGUGCCAUGUUUCUUCCCAUCUGUUCCUUCUGCCUGGCUGGUGGGCUCCAGGUCUGUGCCUUUCCCUGCAGCAAAGCAACCAUCCAUCAAACAACUGCUGCUUUACCACCUCCUUUUUCAAAGGGCCCCGGAUAUCCCAUCUGUUCCCAAAGAUGUUUCAUUUGCAGGCAUACGCCAAGGCUCUUACCAACACAGCACCUCUCUCCAGACAGCACCAAAUAGCUUAAGGAUUUCUGCCUGGCAUCCUACCUACCCUAAAACCCAUGGCACAUUUAAGAUCACUUGUUGAGAUAGACCAAAAGCAGGCAAAAAAAAAAUCUCAGAAACACAAUGCAUGAUUCAAACCCCAAGUUCCUGGAUUGGAAUAUCCAGCUACUGCAGUUGAAUCUGUUGUGCAAUAGACUGUUAGUUUAUGUAUAUUUUAAUUGCAAAUCAGCUCUAUAAUUAGCACGUAUGUUUCGUGGGCUGUGGCAAUGCAAUGUGCUGUACCAGUGAGCAUUAUUAAUGGACUGUAAAAGGCAAUGGGGAAUUGGACUAUAAUGUUCUUGUUUUGCAAGCUGUAUGGUGA